AUGGUGAUCUUGAGGCUGGCUCUCGCCGCGGUCAUCUCCGGCUAUGUAGCCGCACAAUCAGCCUCAGCGCCGUCGCUUGUGACCUAUAUAUUCGGUGACUCGUUAACUGAAGUUGGUAACAACAAUUAUUUGCAAUAUUCGCUAGCAAGAUCAGACUUUCCUUGGUACGGAAUUGAUUUCUCAGGUGGUAAGGCUACCGGAAGAUUCACUAAUGGCCGGACCAUCGGCGAUAUCAUAUCUACGAAGCUUGGGAUUGCAUCACCACCACCAUAUUUAUCGUUAUCACAAAACGACGACGCAUUUCUUAGCGGUAUCAAUUAUGCAUCUGGAGGAGCUGGAAUUCUCAACGAAACCGGCCUUUACUUUGUAAUACUAUUCAAAGGUUGA